CGUUAAGGGGAAAAAAAUAACAACAGGAUGGCAUCCUUCAGAGUACUGCAUCCCUAGGGAGGCCCCAGUCUGGCUGACAGUCAGUGGGGCAGAUCGUUUUGGGGAGGGGAGGGCGAGCGAGCUUCCCCUUGCUGAAGGCUGACUUGGGUACAGACAAGGCUGCCGCUGCUUUUCGGAUCUCCGCCAUCGGCAGCGGAGUGACUAGAUGAUAAUGGAAAUUAUAUAAGGCAACCCCACCGACAGGGAUCUGCUCGCUGGAGCCGAGGCUAAGCAGAUCUACGAAUAUCCCGGACUCCUGCUCGGAACUCAUCUCGCCCAGCUCCAGGAGCGCAGCCCGCUUGGCAGGGAGAGUGAAAACGGGCCCGAGGCUCAGCUACCUCAGGAUAUGGAAACACGAUGUUGUUUAGUGUUGAAUAACAGUAACACGUCCAGGCUCCCCGCUUAGUAGAGAUUCAUUUUCCCGGCGGCCGCUUAUCAUUCGGAAACUACUUCUUUUGAGUUAGAUCAAACGCUCCGCACGAGUCUUUCCGAAAAUCUCCGAUUGCUAACGGAUGUGUCCGAGAACCGGAUACGGAAAAAGACGAGCGCAUCCGGAAGAAGACGAGCGAAGUUCGGCCAGCCCAAAUCCCUCGAAGACUUCGAAGCCGAAUCGGGCGAGAAGCCAUCAUGGCGGACAAGAUUGCGCAGCUCCGGGCGGAUGGGAUCCAGAAGCGGUUGGUGCAGGAAGGCCGGGGACCGGCGCUUGAUUACCAAGAUGGUACCAAGGUGACUUUCCACUAUCGCACCAUGCUUUGCAGUUCAGAUCAGAAAGUACUAGAUGACAGUCGUACCCGGGACAAGCCUAUGGAGCUGAUCUUCGGCAAGAAAUUCAAGCUGCCUGUCUGGGAAACUAUCUUGCACAGCAUGCAGGAGGGCGAGGUGGCUGAAUUUUUGUGUGACACAAAGCAUGUGGUCUUAUAUCCGAUGGUGUCCAAGAGCCUGAGGAACAUUGCAGCUGGGAAAGAUCCUAUGGAGGGACAACGACAUUGUUGUGGCAUUGCCCAGAUGCACGAGCAUCAGUCGCUGGGUUACCCAGACCUUGACGAGCUCCAGCAGAACCCCCAGCCCCUCAUCUUUGCCUUUGAAGUGCUCAAGGUAGAAACACCUGGCACGUACCGACAGGAUCCAUGGGCUAUGUCAGAUGAGGAGAAGAUGAAGGCCGUGCCCCUGAUCCACCAGGAGGGCAAUGAGCUCUACAAGGAAGGCAAAGUGCAAGAGGCGGCUGUCAAAUACUACGAUGCAAUUGCUUGCCUUAAGAACCUGCAAAUGAAGGAGCAGCCAGGAUCUGCCGACUGGAUCCAGUUGGACCAACAGAUCACUCCUUUAUUGUUGAAUUACUGUCAGUGUAAGUUGCUGAACGAGGAGUACUAUGAAGUGCUGGAUCACUGCUCCUCUAUUCUCAACAAGUAUGAAGAUAACGUCAAAGCCUACUUCAAGAGAGCCAAGGCUCACGCAGCUGUCUGGAACUCAGCUGAAGCUCAGGCCGAUUUUGCCAAAGUAUUGCAACUGGAUCCAUCGUUGACCCCAGUGGUAACCCGGGAGCUGCGCAACUUGGAGUCCCGCCUGCGUGAGAAAGAGGACGAGGAUAAGAUCCGUUUCAAAGGCAUCUUCUCCCAGUAGUCCUUGGACCGGCUGUUGAUGCUCUCAUUCAGGACAGCUCUUGCUUUCUAUCUGAGCCUGUCCAGGGAGAAGUUGUGUAAAUGUGGUGUGUUGCUCCUUGUCAGGCUUAUCCCCACCCUCCACACCAACCUUGGAGGGAGCCAGCUUUUCCUGCCAACAGAGUUUGUACUCUCCGUGCCAAUAGCACUAUUUGCUACUGCCUGGGUUAGAUAACGGCAAGAAAGCAUUUCAGAUUCUCCAAGCCAAAGCAGGAUGGGUGGAAAGCAUGCCCAGAAAUGUAUCUGCCACUUAGGUGGCAGCCUACCUUUCUCCUGUAAUUGAUUUUAUUCUCCUAUUUCAUCACACAUGGUGCCUUUUGGUCAUCUGAGCACAAGGAAAGAAAAUUACUUUCUUGGGCUGAUGUUUUAUGAAAGGGCUGGCAAAAGCUCUGGCUGAAGGUUUUGCUUUGAAUCGAGGCUUCUUUUCCAUCUCCAAAUGUCCUUUUGGCUGCUAGAUGAAAGGCUGGGCAUAGGAGCAUCUGAUCUCUAGAAACGGCAGCAGCUUCCACAUCUGUGGAUGUGGGCAAGAGAAAAUGGGUGCCAAUAAUGACAAGUCUGGGCCCUUGAGUAUCAUCCCUGCUCCUUCUCUUGAGUCAUGCAAGCACAUACAUAAUCUCAAUUAGGCGCCCUUUCCCCAAUCCUUGCUGCUACUUGGAUAUAUAGGAUUAUACCCAGUAAUCCCCCACCCACAAGAUUCCUUUCUAAAAGAAGCAUAGCCAGUGUCUGUUGCAAGUUAAGAAGAGAAUAGCAAAGCAUAUCUGAGAGAAAGGCGGGAACUCCUGUCUGCUAUAGUGAGGUGGCUGUGCUGGCAAACUCCUCAGCCCAACCCUGAGGAAGGAAUCCCAUGCUGGUCGAAUCUGAGUGGAAGAGUUGUGCAUUGUUGCUUCCCAGGCUUGGAUUGGUGGAGCUGCUGUAGUCCGCCUGCCAGGGGACAUUUGAGUUCCCACCCAACGCUUACUUAGAUUUGAUAUAUGAAAGAGAGAGAGAGAGAGAGAGAGAGAGAGACCUGGUGGGCAUGGCUUCCUAAUUAAAAUAGGAUGAAAUAUGUCCGUCCGUCCUCUCUUGUAGAAGCCAUAGGAGCAAAGGUGAUGCUAGCCAGCCUAUCUCAUCUAUGUGUUGGAGUGGUGUGCUGUGUUCCACCCUCAAUAGCUUCUGACUUAGAAAUCUCCACCACAAAAUCAUCCCUUCUUGAAUGCCAACUUUCCUCCAUCAGUAGCAGUUCCUGGCAAAGCGGUCCCUGGACUUAAGUUCUGUGGCCACUCCUUGUUCAAAAACGUGCCAGCUCUUGAGUUUUGUUCUUGAGCAGAGCAAGAAGGGGGAGAUGGGCGUGCGGUCCUGAGCCGGUACAGAAACCAGCUUCAGCUGGGGCUGUGGAGUGGUGGUUGUCAGUCCCUCCCUCCAGAAACUCUGUAGCCGAGUUUCCCACAAGGUGUGCUGUGUGUGGGAGGAGUUGUAUGGGGAUUACCUUGCUGGAUUUGGACCAGAAAACCCUCACGACUACAAACAGGAGCCGAACUCUUGACUGUCUUGCUUUUGAUGGCGCAGGGUAGUGAAGGCCCUACCUAGGAGGUAGGCUUCCCAGUCCACUCCCCAUUCUCAAGUAACAGAGAACAGUAGUCAUUUGCUGUUAUCUUUUAACCCCUCUCACAAAUUUUCUUGGCAGCUUUCCAGUCUGGGGUCAAGGACCUGUUUAGUGUGUUUGUCUCCCAUGUGUCUGUGUGUGUCUUAUCUAUUGAUUGCAGCCAAGAGACAGGGUGAAAAUGGUUCCUUCAUAAGACCAGAACGAGGGAUGUGUCUGGUUGAGUGCAGCUUUCCAUAACUGGGAGCUCUCUAGCUGAGUUUGGGCUACCUUGGGGAAGCGCAGCCUAGAUGAAGAAGCUGAGCUAUGUAGAGCAGGAGAGGA